AUGCCUCGGGGUCAGAAGAGUAAGCUCCGUGCCCGUGAGAAACGCCGCCAGGCCCGUACUGAGACCCAGGGCCUAGAGGUUGCUAAGGCCUCUGGGGCAGCAGCAGCAGGAAAGCCCCCUUCUUCGGUUUUUGGGGACAGACCUGAGAAUCUGCCUGCUGCUGGGACACCCAGCACUCCUGAGGCACCUGAGGGAGCCACUGGUGCUACUGCAGCUAGUUCAGGCACCAACUCAGCUGAAAAUAUCAAUAGCCCAAGGGCGGAAAGCACAAGCUUCCCCAAGGGCGCUGAGAGCUCACUCAGUGAGAUUUUAAAUAAGAAAGUGGUUCUGUUGGUGCAGUUCCUGCUGCAGAAGUAUCAAAAGAAAGAGCCAAUUAGAAAGGCAGAGAUGAUGAAGUUUGUUAUCAAACAGUACAAGAGUCAUUACAAUGAGAUCCUCAAGAGAGCUUCUGAUCAUAUGGAGCUGGCUUUUGGUGUUGAUUUGAAGGAAGUGGAUCCUACCAGGCACUGCUACACCCUUGUCAACAAACUAGACCUCUCCUAUGAUUCAGCUCUGAAUGAAUAUGAGCACAUGCCAAAGACCGGCAUCCUGAUGAUUGUGCUUGGUGUGAUCUUCAUGAGAGGCAACUGCGCCCCUGAAGAGGCGAUCUGGGAAGUGCUGAAUAUGAUGGGUGUAUAUGCUGAAAGGAAGCACUUCAUUUAUGGGGAUCCCAAGAAGGUCCUCACAGAAGAUCUGGUGCAGCUCAAGUACCUGGAGUACCGCCAGGUGGCCAACAGUGAGCCUCCACGCUAUGAGUUCCUGUGGGGCCCAAGAGCCCAUGCUGAAACCAGCAAAAUGAAAGUCCUGGAGUUUUUAGCCAAGGUUCACGAUACCGUCCCCACUGCCUUCCCAUCCUGGUAUCAAGAGGCUUUGAGAGAUGAGGAAGAGAGAGCCCGAGCCAGAGCUGCAGCCAGGGCUCGUACUGCUGCCCUGGCCAGUGCCCGCUCUAGAGCCAGAGCCAGCACCUCCUCCCAGGCUAAGUGA